AUGGACACCAUCUCAAAGACCCUCUCCAUGCUCACCCCGAACAAAAAGCAAACCCGCAAGUGCAAACUUGCCAACGAUUCUACCCCGACCUCACCCUCUCCUUUCAAAGACACUACCAACGCCGCGAAAUCAUCAAAGCCCUUGGAUCGCGAGUCAUCGCCAAUGGAAGACUUCCUCCAGCGCGCCAACAAAGUCGGCGUCCGCACCAAGGAAGACGGCUGGGUGAUAGUCGACAAGGAGAAGGUACAGAAGGACAUGCAGCGCGAGCAGGAAGAGCGCGAUGAGAAGGAGUGGGAUUUCUUGGAUGACGAGGAUGAGAUUCGGGCGGAAUUGACGAUUCUUUGA